UUCUCUUAGUUGCAAUGGAUGAUACAGAGUUACUCUCUGAGGAGCUCAAGGGUUUCGGACUCCGUGUUUCAGAUGAAUCAACCCUAAGAAAGCUUCUGCAGCUAGGAAUACGAUGGAAUUGUGAUGAGAUUUCUCUGGUCGAGAAGUAUGUGGCAUUUCAGCGGAACUUUGAUCUGCCCGAUUUGAUCUCCGAAAAAGAUGUGGAUUUCUUCGAUAGGGAGACUUCUUCACGAUUAGAAAGCUCAAGACAUAAGACCGUGAAACCCAACCCUGCGCCUCUUACGCCUCAGCUUUUACCCCAAAAGAUGUUGGAAGAACUCAUGGCGACUGAGUCACAGAAUGAACAGUACAACCUAUUCAGUUCUUAUCUUCCCAAUGCAAAUGUUCCGAAAUUGUCUGCUCGACCUCGUCCCAUUAAUUUGGCCGACAAGGAGAAUAUUGAUCACUCCAGUGCAUCUUCGGUCACUUCGAAGGACGAAAUUAUUUGCGCUUUCCAUGCUGCACACUCGUUUUCCCUACCUACCGCUCGCACGCGUGUUGCUUCUUCCUUGUGGUCCAUAACGGAAGUCAAGCCAUUUGAUGGAGCUGUCAGAUAUAUGCACCAACCCGUGAUUGAAAAUGCUGAAAUCUUAGAUAACUGGGCUUGGAAAAUUGUCAAGAAAAUUCUUGCCUCUGUACCAGAAGAUGUGUUGUCUGAAACGAGAGACCACUCUGUUGGCUGUUUAUCGCAACGGAACGACAAUUCUGCCACGAUCCCAGCCACUUCCCACGAGAAGCUAUCUAGUUCUCAACCUUCCUUUGUCAACGGAGAUGGCCUCGAUCGAACAACAUACCUGCGCCCCACAAACGCACGUCUCCAAUCCACUGCGAUCGUUGCGGGGCGCGUAUCGUCCAACGUGACCGUGAGCGCAUCCACACGGCAAUCUGAAAUUUAUCCUAACGGCCCACUUCCUGGUCCCCUGUUUUCCAAAGCACGUCUCCAAUUGGCCUCGGCCUCUUUAAUCAGUCUUCGUCGGGUGGGUGGAUGUGGGACCGAAUCGUCAGGUGCCACUCGCAUGGAAUUCCUACGCAGCGAUACACGUUGCGCGUAUUCCAUUUAUGCCGGCCAACCGGUAGUCUUACGUGCCGCCAAUCCAACUGGACACCAGUUACUUGUAUCGGAAACAUUACCGACUCCCGUGACACCACCACCCCGCUUUGAGGCACCGAACUCAACGCUAUAUGUGAUGGUCGCGUCCGGACCCUAUACGCUAUCCGAUUCGAACGAGCCGUCGUUGCUGCUCGCCCUUUUGCGCUCAGUCCGAAAACAUCAGCCCCACAUUCUUGUUCUGACUGGGCCAUUCGUGGAUUGUGAGCACCCCGCUGUGCAUACCCAUCAUGAACACACCUUCGAAGAACUGUUCCAGUCACGUUUGAACACAGUGGCUGAAUACUGUAGUCACCUAGAUGUGCAAGUAGUCGUUGUGUCCUCAUGGCGUGAAAUGCAUCACGACCCUGUAUAUCCGACGCCCCCAUUGAAUGUCGAUUGGGUUCAAGAAACGCCGGAAUUGGCAUCCUGGUACAAGAACAUUCACUUUGUUUGGGAUCCAUGUCUGUUGCGAUUUGGCGACUACAUAUUCGGGAUCACCUCCGUCGACGUUCUCUUCCAACUGAGCAGUGAGGAGAUUAACGCUGGGUGCUCCGACGAUCGCAUUGCUCGCCUUUGUAGACACAUCUUCGCCUCGGAGUCAUUUUAUCCCGUCCAUCCACCCGCGGACGAUCUUCCUCUGGACUACCCGCUGUGGGAUCGACGCUCACACUUGCACGUCACUCCACACUGCUUGAUUGUCCCUUCCAGGCUGCGUCAGUUUGUAAAAGACGUGGAGGGUGUAUUGUGCGUCAAUCCGGGGCAUGUAUCCCGAGGCCAGUCGUCCGGCAGUUACGCCUGCAUUACCAUCGCCCCGAACAAGCCCUUCGGUACAGAUGAGGUGGAGGCUAGCGUGCACGAGGCCACUCACAAAGCUCCCGGUUGUUCUAUCAUCGCCCAAUCCACUGCGACUGUGUUCCGCAUCUAA